AUGAGGAUCGUUAAAAAUUGGAUUGACGGCUUCAAGCCAGCCGUCGAGGGUUACGGCAGGGAUCCGAGCUAUGCCAUCGAGAACCCUGAGCAUUCCCCCUCGGAGAAGCCCACCGAGAUGUUGGGAAAGGAGGACUACUCCAACACGGCUGUCGCUGUCAAGACCGAAGAUGGCGGUGUGGCAUUCGUCCCUGAAAAGACGGCGCUAAAGCGCAGUCUGCAAGGUCGUCACAUUCAGUUUAUUGCCCUGGGUGGCAGUAUCGGAACGGGUCUGUUUAUCGGUUCCGGUGAAAAUCUUGCGACGGGUGGCCCGGGUUCGCUGAUGCUAGGCUUCAUCAUCGUCGCUGUCAUGCUUAUCUGCAUCAUCUUUAGUCUCGGUGAGCUUGCCGCCGUACUGCCUGUGACGGGUGCCUUCUCGACCUAUGCUACUCGCUUUAUUGACCCUUCGUGGGGUUUUGCCAUGGGGUACAACUACUGGCUGCAAUGGUUUGUCUCGCUGCCGCUUGAAUUGACGGCGGCGGCGAUGAUCAUCAAAUACUGGGACAAGGACCAAGUCGUGUCUCCUGGUGUAUGGAUCGCGAUUGGUUUCCUGAUCAUUACUGCCAUCAAUUUCUUUGGUGUCCGCGGCUACGGUGAAUUUGAGUUUGGAGCUUCCUUUAUCAAGGUCAUUGGUUGCAUUGGCUUCAUCAUCUGUGCCAUUGUUAUUGACUGCGGUGGCAGCCCGAGUGGUUACUACAUGGGUGCCCGGGGCUGGCACUCGGAGGCCGGCGCAUUUACCAAUGGAUUCAAGGGCUUCUGCAGUGUGUUUAUUACAGCUGCCUUUGCCUUUGCGGGUACGGAGCUGAUCGGUCUGGCGGCUGCUGAGACCUCGAACCCCCGCAGGCAGCUCCCUCGCGCAUGCAAGCAGGUUAUUUUCCGUGUUCUGAUUUUCUACAUCCUUUCGCUGUUCAUGAUUACGCUAAUUGUGGCUCCCAACGAGCCCACUCUCAUGAGUGCUACUACGAGUGACGAUCCGCAGGCCUCGCCUUUCGUGAUUGCCAUCCAGAUGGGUCAAAUCAAGGCGCUUCCUGCCAUUUUCAACGCGGUUAUUCUUAUUUCGUCGCUCUCGGUCGGUAACGCGUCCGUGUAUGGUGCCAGCCGUACCCUGCUUUCCAUGGCUGAGCAGGGUCUUGCGCCCAAGUUCUUCCGCUACAUUGACCGCGAGGGCCGUCCCCUUCCUGCUGUCGUCCUUUCGCUGCUCUUUGGCCUGAUUGGUUUCCUGGUGUACGCUGACAACGAGUCUACCAUUUUCAACUGGCUCCUGGCCAUUUCGGGUCUCGCUGCGAUUUUCACUUGGGGCACGAUCGCCGUCGUGCACAUCCGCUUCCGUGCUGCCUGGAAGCGGCAAGGCAACACGCUUGCGAUGCUGCCGUGGGCCUCGCCGCUUGGCUUGAUUGGCUCGUACAUCGGCCUCGUGCUCAACAUCCUCGUCAUCUGUGCCUCGUUCUACGCAUACGCAUGGCCCGUGGGCGAGGGCGAAAUGAACGCGAGCGAUCGCGCCUAUAAUUUCUUCUACGGCAUGAUUUCGCUGCCGGUUGUCAUUGUGUUCUUUGUUGUCCACAAGCUCUGGUCGCGCAGCCGGUUUGUGCGCCUUGACGAAAUUGAUAUCCACACCGGUCGUCGCGACCCGGUCUCGCUCGAGGUCCUGGAGCAGGAGCGCGCUGAAGACCGCGCCAGGCCAAUUGGCGUCAAGAUCCUAGACUUCUUCAUCUAA